AUGAAGAAUACCCUGCGCAGCAUUUUCGGGCGCAAGCCCAAGAACCAAGCCCCGAACGCAAAUCGGCAGCCCGCCCAAACACGAGCCACUGCCGCAACGCCUGGGUCGGGACCUCACCAAUUCGUCGCCCCUGAUCCAUUCGAAUCGGAGGCGCAAUUCCAAGCUGUCAAGGACCACCUAAACAACUUAGCAGCAAGAGACCCUGAGCGAUUCGCCAUGAUCUCCCGCCCAGCAGCCUACAGGGCCGCGGAAUUCUGGAUGACACAGAACUUCCCAGAGGCGCAGGUGGUGAACGGGGGUUGUUUUCCUGGCGACAUCAGCAUGCUUGGCAAGGACGUGCGGCCAGAGGACACGCAGUUCUUCGUCGCGAUGGAUCCUGCAAACCCGAGGAAAUUUAUCGCCGUCAACCUGGUGGUGUUCAACCUGGCAUUCACGCUACCAGGGAGCGGUGACGCCCUGGGGACGCCUGAGAUGAAGGCUGCGGAGGAGGGUGUGUUGGACAUGUUGAGAGGAUGGCACAGAGAUGGGAUGAGUGACGGGUUCCUGGUGCUUGUGUCUAUGGGGGUCGACCUGACCAUUUACCGGUUCUCCGGCAAGGACGGGCUGGUUGAUAUUCCUGGGGGCGUGGAUUUUGUGACGAAGAAGGUGACACAAGAUUGA